CAGACAGGAUGCAGAGAAGAUGCAGACGGAGGAAGCCCAGAGACUCAGAACACAGCGCCAGGAAGGGGAGCCAGUACGAUGAGCUGCCGCACUACCCAGGCAUCGCGGAUGGCCCUGCAGCCCUGGCUGGCUUCCCAGAGGCAGUGCCCGCGGCACCAGGGCCCUAUGGCCCCCACCGGCCUCCCCAGCCCCUGCCCCCAGGCUUGGACAGCGACGGCCUGAAGAGGGAGAAGGAUGAGAUCUAUGGACACCCGCUCUUCCCCCUCUUGGCGCUGGUCUUUGAGAAAUGUGAACUGGCUACAUGCUGUCCCCGUGACGGGGCUGGAGCUGGGCUGCGGACACCCCCCGGCGGCGACGUCUGCUCCUCUGAUUCCUUCAACGAGGACAUCGCAGCCUUCGCCAAGCAGAUGAUCCAGGCCAUCCAAGUGCUGCGAUUCCACCUGCUGGAGCUGGAGAAGGUCCACGACCUGUGCGACAACUUCUGUCACCGCUACAUCACCUGCCUCAAGGGAAAGAUGCCCAUCGACCUGGUCAUCGAGGAUCAGGACAGCGGCUGCAGGGAGGACUUCGAGGACUACCCAGCCUCCUGCCCCAGCCUCCCAGACCAGAAUAAUAUAUGGAUUGGAGACCAUGAGGAUAGUGGGUCUGUACAUUUGGGGACCCCAGGUCCAUCCAGUGGGGGCCUGGCCUCCCAGAGUGGGGACAACUCCAGUGACCAAGGAGACGGGCUGGACACCAGCGUGGCCUCUCCCAGUUCUGGUGGAGAAGAUGAGGACUUGGACCAGGAGCGACGGCGAAACAAGAAGAGGGGGAUCUUCCCCAAGGUGGCCACCAACAUCAUGCGAGCCUGGUUGUUCCAGCACCUCUCGCACCCGUACCCCUCGGAGGAGCAGAAGAAACAGCUGGCGCAGGACACGGGGCUCACCAUCCUGCAAGUCAACAACUGGUUCAUUAACGCCCGGAGACGCAUCGUGCAACCUAUGAUCGAUCAAUCCAACCGCACAGGGCAGGGUGCAGCCUUCAGCCCAGAGGGCCAGCCCAUCGGGGGCUAUCCCGAGACACAGCCACACGUGGCCGUCCGGCCUCUGGGAUCAGUGGGGAUGAGUUUGAACUUGGAAGGAGAAUGGCAUUAUCUAUAGAGGCUGAUACAGGAGAGGUGUGAGGGUCUGAGGGCUGGGGAUUGUGCAAUUCUCAAACCUCCAUUAGACCUCAGGACUCCAAGAGUGGGCACAUCCAGAGUAGUGGGUCAGCCUGGGUCCCUGUACUGUGGGUUCUCUGAGGCUUGAUGGGAAGAUAUUUCAUUCAUCCAUCUGUCCAUCCAUCCAUCCAUCCAUCCAUCCAUCCAUCCAUCCAUCCAUCCUUCUUCUCCAUCUAUCCAUCCAUCUACCCACUCACUCACCCAUCCGUAUCUUUAUCCAUCCAUUACUCACUCAUCCACCCGCAAUCCAUCCAUCCAAACCUAGUCCACCCACCUACCCACUCAUUACCCAUCUGACCACACAUUCACCCACUCACUCCAUUCAUCUCUCCACUCACCAACCCACUGAUCCAUCUACCUCCACACUGACCAACCACCCACACAUCUACCCAUUUAUCUCUGCAUUCACCCACCUCCCUACCCAGGCAUCCACCCAUCUACCCAUCAACUCACCCAUCCAUCCACCCACACAUCCCAUUAUUCAUCUCUCCACUCACCAACCCACUGAUCCAUCUACCUCCACACUGACCAACCACCCACACAUCUACCCAUUUAUCUCUGCAUUCACCCACCUCCCUACCCAGGCAUCCACCCAUCUACCCAUCAACUCACCCAUCCAUCCACCCACACAUCCCAUUAUCCAUAUAUCCACCACCCACCACCCACUGUCCAUCCAUCCAUCCAUACAUACAUACACCCAUUCAUCUAUGAUACAUCUCCAGACAUAAAGUGAGCCCUUGGCCGGGCACAGUAGCUCAUGCCUGUAAUCCCAGCACUUUAGGAGGCUGAGGCAGGUGGAUCACCUGUGGUCAGAAGUUCGAGACCAGCCUGGCCAACAUGGUAAAACCCUGUCUCUACUAAAAAUACAAAAAUUAGCCAGGUGUGGUGGCAUGCACCCAUAGUCCCAGCUACUCUGGAGGCUGAGGCAGGAGAAUCACUUGAACCCAGGAGGCAGAGGUUGCAGUGAGCCAAGAUCAACCUGGGCAAUAAAGUGAGACUCCAUGUAAAAAAAAAAAACAACAAAAAAAAACUGAGUGAGCCCUCACUCCAUCCUGACAUGCCUCAGGUAGGGUCUGGAUCUUGAGAAGAUUCUGGUCUUGUGGGGAAGUUGGCAACCCCAGUGACAAUCCAGUGCAACAGUUCAAACAAUAAAACAUAGUUUUCCCAUAGGAGGGAGUCAUCAGCUAUCUCUGGGGUAUCAGGGAAGACUUCCUAGAGGAAGUGGCCUCUGGAUGGGGCACUGAAGGAUGAAUAGGAGUCCACUGGGCAGAGUAGGGAGUAAUGUGGAAGGGGGGCAUUAUUUGACUUUCCCAGGCCUUGAGUCUUCUGUGGCCUGGUAUGAUGGCGGCACUUUAGAGCAUCUUCUCAUUUAGUCCUUACCACGACCCCGAAAGGGGAGACUAUUACAAUUUUAAUUUCAUAGAUAAGAAGACUGAGGUUCAGAGAGAAGAGGUUACUUGCACAGGUCUACCCUGCUCACCAAAGCAGAGGGAACAGCAUGUGCAAAGGCCCAGGGUGGGGAGGCAGCCUGGAGUUUCCAAAGCACAGAUCAGAGUUUGACUCUCUCUGGAUUAAACCAUUUGUGGCUCCCUAGUGCCAUCUGGA